GGGAUCCUCUAUUGCGCUACACGGUGUAGCGCUGGAGCCCGAUCCGGGGAUUCAGAGGAAUAUUCCAUCCCACAAACGCCAUGAACAGAAUACCAGUUUCCGCUUGCACGUUGUUGAACCUCACUCUUCCAACAAAGCAAUACAACUAACGACAAAAGUGUACCUUGGGGUCUUUCACCAAUCUCUCUCUCGUCCAGAGCUUUCUAAUAGGAUCUAGUUCUCUGCAAUCAAAUUCCGUGGGCAGGGUUGAUAGAGACGAGUAGGUAGAAGAAUAGGAAGAGGAGGAGGAACAAAAUUUCUUAAAUGGGUUCUGCUGGUCAUCCCGUGAAGCCCAACUCUUCACCCGAACUGGAGGAAGAUCCUCCUAACGUGUCUACUGCCCUCCUCUCAUUCAACACUGACUCUUCCUCCCGAAACCAACCUACUCAGAAACUCACCACCAUCAUCCUCUUCAUUUCCCUCCUCCUCAUUACCUGCAUCUCCCUCGCCGGCUUUGGCGCCUUCGCCUUCCUCUUCUUCUCCUCCUCAGUUCGCAGUCCCAAACUCUUAGAAACCACCGCUCGCCCCAUCACCAAGCUCGAACAUCCCGUCGUCCUCCUCGUCUCUUCUGACGGGUUCCGAUUUGGGUAUCAAUUCAAGACCCCAACACCCAACAUUGGUCGUCUGAUCGCCAAUGGCACAGAGGCCGAGACGGGUCUCAUUCCUGUCUUCCCAUCUCUUACUUUCCCCAACCAUUACUCCAUUGUCACCGGUCUCUACCCGGCUUACCAUGGUAUCGUCGAUAAUUAUUUCGUCGACCCUGUCACCGGCGACACUUUCACCAUGGCCAGUCACGAACCGAAGUGGUGGCUAGGCGAACCCUUGUGGGAAACCGUCGUAAAUCGUGGAAUGAAGGCUACUACCUAUUUCUGGCCUGGCUCCGAGGUACCCAAAGGUUCCUGGAAUUGCUCUUCAAAUAUCUGCAAAUAUUACAAUGGUUCUGUGCCCUUCGAGGAACGGGUCGAUACAGUUUUGCAAUACUUCGAUCUCCCCGGUAGUGAGAUCCCUGACUUCAUGACUUUGUAUUUCGAUGACCCGGAUCGUCAGGGUCACAAGGUUGGAGCUGACGAUCCAGCGAUCACCGAAGCAGUUGCUAGGGUUGAUAGGAUGAUCGGGAGGCUGAUUGAAGGGCUGGAAAAGAGGGGGGUUUUUGAGGAUGUGACCAUAAUUAUGCUGGGUGAUCAUGGGAUGGUUGGGACCUGUGACCAAAAGCUCAUCUAUCUGGAUGAUCUCGAUAUCCCGAAGGAUUGGGUCCAGUCCUAUACUCCUUUGCUUUCGAUUCGGCCUCCUGCAGGUAUCUCACCUUCAGAUGUUGUAGCCAAGAUUAUGAACAGUUUGAGCUCCGGGAAGGUCAAGAAUGGUAAUAAUCUCAGGGUUUUUCUUAAGGAGGAUCUGCCUGACCGGCUUCAUUAUGUGGAGAGCGAUAGAAUCUCACCCAUAAUAGGACUAGUUGCAGAAGGUUUUAAAGUGGAGCAGACUAGAUCGAAGGGGAAAGAAUGUGGAGGAGCGCAUGGAUAUGACAAUGCAUUCUUCUCCAUGAGAUCCAUCUUCAUUGGCCAUGGACCUCAGUUCGCAAGAGGUCGCAAGGUCCCAUCCUUUGAGAAUAUCCAGAUAUACAAUCUAGUCUCUUCCAUCCUUAAGAUACAGGGAGCUCCUAAUAAUGGGUCAGCAUCGUUUCCAGAAACUCUUCUUUUGUCCAGCCCCUGAUGUCCAUGUUAAUGAACAUGCUUAGAGCGAUUUCUAUUGGAACAGUCAUAGGCAAACAGAGCAACAUCAAUUUUGUCAUCGAGAUUGUCUAUCUAAAUUUUUAAGAGUCCACAGCAGCUAGACGUGAACUAUACAUGAAAGAAGAGCCCUCUUGGCAACAUGGGGAUCUUGUGUCACACGACAUGUUGUGUAGCGCAGAUCCAAGGGCUGGGAGCACCUUGGACUCCGCAUCCAGGCCUUGGGCUGCGUGUCUGAGGGCCCCCAGCCCGUGGAUCUGUGCUACACGGUGUAGCGUGAUACAGAGGAGCCCGAUCCCUCUUGGCCAGGGUUGCUUUUGCAUUGAUCAAGAUUCUCCGGUUUAUCCAUUAAACUCCUUUGGCAGUGUGUGACCACCAUUACUUGCACACAGGAAUUGAGAGUUCUGAAGGGCGGGGGAAAGGGAAAGUAUCAAGAGAGUGAAGACUGGCUAGUUGCAUGAUAGGCUCUGCUGCUCUCUGCCUGGUUUUCUGGUUCAUCAUCUGUGGCAUAAACUUUGAAUUAUGAUAACAAACUGACAUCUGCAAUUUGAUGGAUUGAGAUCGUCUGUGUUGCUACACACGUUGUAGCGCACAUCUAAUGAUCAUAAACAUCUUGGGCUGUGCUUGAACUCCUUGGGCUAUGUAUUUGAGCAUCCGUGGUCAUUGGAUAUGUGCUCCAUGCCCUGUAGCGCUAUAGAGGAACCCGAACCCAAUGUGAUGUUAUAAAGUUUUUAGAAAAUGGUAAGAAGGAUAGGCAUAGAAGUCCAACAGAUUGAGGACCAUUUGGUUGAAAUUGAAGUGAGUCCAUGAAAUAUAAAAUGCAACCAAUCCUAAGGGUAACCUAAAAUGGCCUGAUCAAAGGGUUUUAACCAAUGUUUUGAAAAACGGAAUCUGUCCAUUUUGAUUCCAAUCCAAUCCAAUCCAGAAUCGGCCUUCAUAUCCAAAACCACUGAUUCAAGGGUUUUUGGUGAGCAUUUUUUGCUGCAAAAAAUCGGUGGGAAUCAGAAAUAGCAGAACCCAGUUCCAAUCUAAAUAGACUGAUUCACCAAUCUGAUUCCCGAAUGUUGAAAAUAUGGUUCUAAAUUGGUAGAACUCUUUUGGGCUGAGUUGAUCCCAAUUAUAGCAGUUUUUACUGGAAGUGGGCAUUCUCGGAAUUGAAAUCAUUGCUAGUUGCUUGAGCUUUUAUCUCUCCACCAGUUUCUAUAAAACACUUGCUGCCCUGUUUGUUUGAUGGAGAAAAUGAGAAGUAUAUCAACCAAUCUCAUUAAA